AUGCUGCAAGGAUUGAUUUCCUCAGUGAUGAACAGUUACGACAACAUUACAUUUGUGAAGGCUUUCAUAGGGAAGAUUCUUCGGGAUCUGUCAUUGAGGGAGACAACGAAGAGAGUGUUGGAGAAGGUGUUUAGGAUGAGCUUGAAGACGGUGAAGGAGUUGUUGGAGGAUUAUUUGAGUCCAGUGUUCAGAGGGGAUCUGAACGAGACGAAGGCUAUUCAGAGGCUGAAUCUGCAUAAGGCUUCAACAAAUGGGAAACAUCUUCUAUGGCUGGUGGAGAGGAUGAUUGAGCUUAGGGUUGUUGAUGUCGCAGUUAGAGAAUGGAGUGAGCAAGUUGUCUUCACUGCUGAUUUGCAAAGGGCGUUUCGUGAUGAUGCAUGGAGGAACAUUGUGCCUGGCCUUCCUGCUGUUAUUCUCAGGUGUACAUUUAGGCUCACCAAUGUUGUGAGAGGGAAGCUCGUAGAAGAUUGGCUACCGGUACUGGUUGUAUACAAAGAUAAUGGUUCAGCAACACCAAUAUCACCCAGCAACAAAUCAUUGUACUUGGAACUGGAAGAAACAUUCUUGCGAAUCAUCUCGACAUUGCCUAUGUCAGAUGCUUAA